AUACAUAUAUAUUUAUUCAAAUAUUUAAGGAUCGAUCAAUCGAAAGGAAGAAGAAGGAGAAGAAAAGUAAUCGAGGAUAAGGAUCGAUCUAUAGAUCGAUCAGUGAUGACUUAAAAAGAGAACGAUCCAAUUAAUAGGGAUAGACUAUAAUAGACAUUAUAAUAAUUGAAUUGAAUUUUUCUUGUUAAGUCUUACGCUUCUUUUUACUUUUUACUUUCUUUUUUUUUUUCGUUUUCGUUCUGUUUCAUUCGACGACAACGAUCUUGAAGAAGAUAAUAAUUAAUUAUACUAUUAUUAUUACUAUUUGUUAUAACGAUUACAUAUAUUGAAUGUAAUUUUUUAUUGGAUUGUGGCUUGCCGUUUUAAAAACGUCAUCUUCGUCGUAGAGAAUUGUGUGUUUGUGUGCGGGGGGAGGGACAGUGAAAAGAAGAAUAAGGGUUGUUUCCCCGAGUCUUCCUUGACAAAGAAGAGACAGUGUUUUGAUUUAUACAAGAGAAUAAAAAGUUUUUGAGGGAAUGACGAGCUCGUGUCUCGUUGCGUUUCUGCUGGUUUACAGCAACAUUCUUGUAUUCGCUGAACCCGAGCCCUUACCAGCAGGCAUGAUCUAUACUAACGAAAAUUUUGCCGAGGACACGGAGAGUCUGCUUCUGCUCAAUAGGCUAAAACAGCUGACGGAGAGAAAACAAGAGAUGAUAGACCAAGAAAGAGAACUGACAGAGGAACAGCUUACGAUUCAGGCAAUGCUGGAAGAAAAGGCAAGAGAUCAACGUCUGUCUCAGGGUGAUUAUCCACCGGAUGAACCGGAAGCACUUCCGGUACCAAGUGCUAUAGUUCAUCAUGCACCUUUGGGUUCAGUCAAACGAACGAGCUACAUGAGCCUCUGUCACUUCAAGAUCUGCAACAUGGGACGCAAAAGGCAACUGUAAAUCCAGUUACACGAUGCUCGCGGCGAAAAUCAUCGAACUCCUUCCUACUUGUGUCUCUCGUUUACCAAUCUACCUAACUAUCUAACUAUCUAUGUACUUACCUAUCUAUCUAUCUAUCUAUCUAUCCGUUUCUUCCACUCUUACUCUAUCUAUCUGUCUAUACCUUUCUCUUUUUCGCGUGGUGCGCUGCUACAUCGCCUUAGAAAAAAAACAAAGGGAAAAAAAAAAAAACAAAAAAAAAGGAAGAACAUGAAUGAAUGUUUUUUUUAACGAGUAACAAAAGCAGAAAAAAAAAGAUAAAAAACAAAUACCUAAAAAAAAAAAAAAAAGCACAAAAAAAAUAUUUACCCAGCACAAGAAAGAGAGGGAACAAAGAAGCAACGAAUGGUGAAAAAUGAAAAAAUAAAAAAAAAAAAAUUCAGGAAAUGUCCAAAUGAACGGAGAAAUGAAAUCGAGUAUAGUGGAGAUAAAAAAAAAAAUAAAAAAAUAAAUAAAAAAUUAAAAAAGAGAAAGGAGAAUAUAUAUUACAAAAAAAAAAAAAAAGAAAUGAAAAAAAGGGAAGGAAAAAGUCAAAAAAAACAGAAAGAAAAAAAAGUUAAAAAAAAGAAAUUAAAAAAGAAAAAAAAAUGCAACAACAACUCAAAAGAAGAAGAUUCGGACAAAUCGAUAUAUCUAGGAGCGAAUAUCAAGUGGAAAUAAUAUGUUCGAUGAAAUUCGCGUGACACUUAACGUGAGCAUUGUUGUGAAUAAUGUUAUAUGUCGUGCCGGAAAAAAUUCUCGAUUAUAGCACACACUGAGCGCUUUAGAUGAAAAAUAUUUUAUUAUUGAUAAACGAAGGAUUUAA